CCGAUGUGGCUGCAGAGUUAUUAAACUUUUACUGAGUUUAUAAACUUUAACUCACUUUAAACUUUAAACGUUUACAAUGAAACUCUUUUUACUGGCUUUGCUGAGUUUCUGCUGUUUGGUCGCAGCAGCAGAAGAAGAGAGACUGCCGAAUAAAUGCGAAGUGUGUAAGUUUUUGACAGUGGAGCUGCAGGAGGCUUUAGAGAAAACUGGUCGCUCCAAAGAAGUGCUGGAGGUGGGAGAGGUGCUGGAUUCAGGCAAACGCAGGAGAAAGAUCAAAUAUAACACAGGGAAAACUCGGCUGACGGAGGCGCUGGACGACAUCUGUGAACGCAUCCUGCAGUAUAACGUUCAUGCAGAGAGGCCCGGCAGCCUCCGAUAUGCGAAGGGCGCCAGUCAGACCAUGACCACUCUGAAGAACCUGGUCCACAAAGGAGUCAAAGUGGAUUUGGGUCUGCCGUACGAGCUGUGGGACGAGCCCUCGGUGGAGGUGUCCGACAUGAAAAAACAGUGUGAGACGAUGCUCGAGCAGUACGAGGAGGUCGUGGAGGACUGGUACUUCCACCAUCAGGACCAGAGGCUGGAGACCUUCCUCUGUGAGACGCACGUCCUCAAGACGUCAGAACAAGAAUGUAUAAAGGAGACGUGGAAAGGAGACGUGGGAGUGAAAGGAGGAGCCAAAGAGGCGGCGAGCGCAGACGAGGAGGGAAAAACACACGACGCCGCAGAGCUGUGAGGAAACAAUCAUCAAGAUGACGAAUGCAGACGACAACAAAAUAACCUCAAUUUUAGCUUUGGGCUGCAAACUGCAAAAUAAUGCGUGUUUAGACACUUUAACCCCGAGCAAAUUAAAACGAUUUCUUUAUAAAAACAUGGAAAAAAUAAGCAACUUGGUAAAAGAGGU